GAAGUUCAAAACCAAGGUGUUGGAGGGGAUGCGCUCCCUCGUGAAGCCCCACAGAAGGGUCCUUCCUGCUUCUCCCAGCUUCUGUUACAGCCAGAAGUCCUCAGCACCCCUUGGCUUGUAGACAAGUCGCUCCAAUCCCUGCCUCUCUUCACCUGGCCCUCUCCUGUGUGUCCUCGUACAGGCCCAUGGAGACAACACCCUAGCCCGGCUGACCUCGUGUGAACUAAUGGCAUCUGCAAAGACCCUAUUUCCAAAGGAGGUGCCCGCGAGGAUGGUGGCCCGGCCCUAGGCCCUCGCUCCAAAACAUGACCUGCUGGCUGUGCGUCCUGAGCCUGCAGCUCCUGCUCCUGCCCGCCGCCCCGCCGCUGGCCGCAGGCUGCCCGGCCCGCUGCGAGUGCACCGCGCAGACCCGCGCCGUGGCCUGCCCGCGGCGGCGCCUGACCUCGGUGCCCGAGGGCAUCCCGGCCGAGACGCGCCUGCUGGAGCUCAGCCGCAACCGCCUGCGCUGCCUGAACCCCGGCGACCUGGCCGCGCUGCCGCUGCUGGAGGAGCUGGACCUGAGCGAGAACGUGAUCGCGCACGUGGAGCCGGGCGCCUUCGCCAACCUGCCGCGCCUGCGCGUCCUGCGCCUGCGGGGCAACCUGCUCAAGCUCAUCCCGCCCGGCGUGUUCACGCGCCUCGACAACCUCACGCUGCUGGACCUGAGCGAGAACAAGCUGGUCAUCCUGCUGGACUACACCUUCCAGGACCUGCGCAGCCUCCGCAGGCUGGAGGUGGGCGACAAUGACCUGGUGUUCAUCUCGCGCCGGGCCUUCGCGGGGCUGCUGGCCCUGGAGGAGCUGACCCUGGAGCGCUGCAACCUCACCGCGCUGUCGGGCGAGUCGCUGGGCCACCUGCAGGGCCUGGGCGCGCUGCGGCUGCGGCACCUGGCCAUCGCCGCCCUGGAGGACCAGAACUUCCGGCGGCUCCCGGGGCUGCUGCACCUGGAGAUCGACAACUGGCCGCUGCUGGAGGAGGUGGCCGCCGGCAGCCUGCAGGGCCUCAACCUGACCUCGCUGUCGGUCACCCACACCAACAUCACCGCGGUCCCCGCCGCGGCGCUGCGCCACCAGGCUCACCUCACCUGCCUCAACCUGUCCCACAACCCCAUCAGCACGGUGCCCCGUGGGUCCUUCCGCGACCUCGUGCGCCUCCGGGAGCUGCACCUGGCCGGGGCCCUGCUGGCCGUGGUGGAGCCGCAGGCCUUCCUGGGGCUGCGGCAGAUCCGCCUGCUCAACCUCUCCAACAACCUGCUGUCCACCCUGGAGGAGAGCACCUUCCACUCGGUCAACACGCUGGAGACGCUGCGCGUGGACGGGAACCCGCUGGCCUGCGACUGUCGCCUGCUGUGGAUCGUGCAGCGCCGCAAGACCCUCAACUUCGACGGGCGGCUGCCGGCCUGCGCCACCCCGGCCGAGGUGCGCGGGGACGCCCUGCGCAACCUGCCGGACUCGGUGCUCUUCGAGUACUUCGUGUGCCGCAAGCCCAAGAUCCGCGAGCGGCGGCUGCAGCACGUCACGGCGGCCGCGGGCGAGGCCGUGCGCUUCCACUGCCGCGCCGAGGGGGAGCCGGCGCCCGCCGUGGCCUGGGUGACGCCGCGGCACCAAGCGGUCACGGGCGCCAGCGCGGGGCGCGCGCGGGUGCUGCCCGGGGGCACGCUGGAGAUCCAGGACGCGCGGCCCCAGGACAGCGGCACCUACACGUGCGUGGCCAGCAACGCGGGCGGCAACGACUCCUACUUCGCCACGCUGACCGUGCAGCCCGAGCCCGCCGCCAACCGCACCCCCGGCGAGGCGCGCAACGAGACGCAGGGCGCGCCGCGCUUCCCGCUGGACCUCACCACCAUCCUGGUGUCCACCGCCAUGGGCUGCAUCACCUUCCUCGGGGUCGUCCUCUUCUGCUUCCUGCUGCUCUUCGUGUGGAGCCGCGGCCGCGGGCAGCACAAGAACAACUUCUCCGUGGAGUACUCUUUCCGCAAGGUCGACGGCCCCGCCGCGGCCGCGGGCCAGGGGGGCGCCCGCAAGUUCAACAUGAAGAUGAUCUGA